GCCAAUAGAUUCGUGAUAACGCCUCAGUACAUUCAACCAACUAAUACAAUUACUAUAUUAAACAUAAACCCAUAACACAAAAACCCAAAAAAACCUAAAAUCAUGGGUUUUUCAUUAAUAUUUCUAAUAUGUCUACUUGUUGGUUUAAUUUUAUUCUGCAUCGGCGUAGAAUUAUACAACAAACUAAGUGAAACCGCCAGACUUAUCAAUUUAAUCCCUGGACCUCCAACUGUUCCUAUUUUGGGGAACGCUACUGAUAUUAUUGACAAUCCCAUUGGAAUAUUUGACAAAUUACGCAAAUGGUCCAAACAAUAUUAUCCAGUGUAUAAACUAUGGUCCUCCAAUGCAUUCUAUGGUAUUAUGAUAUGUGCACCUGAAGAUAUGCAGACGAUAUUAUCAAACACAAAACACAAUGAAAAAAGCCAAAUAUAUUGGUUAUUCCACGACUGGUUAGGAGAAGGAUUAUUAACGAGUAACUUUGAAAAAUGGCAACACCGCAGAAAAAUCAUAACCCCAACAUUCCACUUCAACAUCCUCAAGCGUUACAUUAGCGUUUUCAAUAAACAUUCAAAAGGAUUCGUUGAAGACAUCAAAAGUGAUUCGAACAAAGAAAUAGAUAUACUUCCACAUAUACAUAAAUCAUCAUUACACACAAUUGCAGAAGCUGCUAUGGGUACAUCACUAGAGGAUGCAGCAUCAGAGAAAAAAUACCGUAACGCCAUCCACAGAAUGGGUGAAAUCACCGUGUAUCGCCUCCUACGUCCAUGGUUCUACUUCUACAUCGUGAGUUUAUUCACUCAUCACUUCUACGAAGAACGAUUCCUCCUCCGUUACCUAAAAAACUUCACGAAAAAAGUAAUCGAUGAACGUGAGAAAACCUUCAAAGAUUCCGACAUUACCGACGCACAGCAAGACGCCGACAGCGACACAGAUGCCUACGGCACAAAAAAGAAACGCCUAGCUAUGUUAGAUCUCCUCUUAUCAGCGAAAAACAAAGGCGAAAUAACUUACGAUGGAAUACGUGAAGAAGUAGAUACUUUCAUGUUUGAAGGUCAUGAUACAAUCUCAAUGGCUUUACAAUUCAUGCUUCUAUUAUUAGCUAAUCACCCACAAGAACAACAAAAACUCUAUGAGGAAGUCUCCGCCAUUUUGGAUGACAAUAGAGAUCCGACUUAUGAAGACCUACAUCAGAUGAAUUACAUGGAGUUGGUUAUAAAGGAGUCUUUGAGGUUAUAUCCAAGUGUCCCUUUGAUUUCAAGGUUAAACGGUGAGGAAUUCACAGCGUCUUCUGGGCAUAGAAUACCGGUGGGUAGUGUGUUGAUUAUGAACAUUUAUGAUACGCAUAGAUUGGAACAUAUUUAUCCUGAGCCGGAUAAGUUUAUCCCGGAGAGGUUUACAGUGGAGAAUUCAAAGGAUAGGCAUCCGUAUGCGUAUCUGCCGUUUAGUGCAGGGUCGAGGAAUUGUAUCGGGCAGAAGUACGCCAUGUUGAAUAUGAAGUGUAAGCUGGCGGCUAUUGUGAAGAGUUUUGUUUUGUUGCCGGUGGAUACACCGGAGAGUAUUACGUUAAUGGCGGAUAUUAUUUUACGGACUAAGGAGGGGAUUAAGAUUAAGGUUAAGGCAAGAAAGUAGGUUAGGUGUUAUUUUUUUAGUAUUUAAGAGUUAGGUAUUGUUUAUACUUAAAUUGGUGAUUUAAGAAGUUAAAUAAAUAAUUGUUUGUUGAUAA